AUGGAUUUAAAUAAAUUAUGCCCUGAAAUUCCCAAAGUUGAACUACAUGCACAUUUAAACGGGUCUUUGAGCCGGGCAACAAUGCUGCAGCUGAAGCGAUAUUACGCGGAUGUGGGUAUUACGGACACCUCUGAUGCAUUUUUGGAUGAAUUUCAAAUUGGCGCUGGUGAUACAAGGAAUCUUUCUGAUUGCUUUCAAGUAUUCAACAUUGCGCAUCGCCUGACACGAACACCAGAAGCAUUAGCAAUGGCUACAACACUGACAUUAAAAGAGUUUCAAGAAGACGGUUGUUGUUAUAUUGAAUUGAGAAGUACACCCAGAGAAACUCCAUUUAUGACAUGCAGGCAGUAUAUUGAAACUAUUGCUGAAGCUAUGAGAAACAAUGCACACCUCCCAAUAAAAUCUCGACUAAUUGUGUCAAUAAAUAGGACUAGUUCCAUAAAAGAAGCAGAGUCCAUAGCUGAGUUAGCAAUAAGUUUUCACAAGCAAUAUCCCGAUAUCAUUGUUGGUAUUGAGUUAAGUGGAGAUCCAAAUGUUGGGCGAUUUGAAGACUUUAUUCCCGCCCUAACAAGUGCUAGAUUUGCUGGUUUGAAAGUAACAUUGCAUUGUGGUGAAGUAUGCAAUCCCCAAGAGGUGAUGGAAAUGAUACAAUUUAAACCAGAUCGUAUUGGUCAUGGGGUGUGUAUUCAUCCUGAUUUCGGUGGAACAGAGGAAACUUGGCAAGCAUUGUGUAAAUCGCAAAUACCAGUUGAAAUAUGUUUAACAAGCAAUAUCAACACAAAAUCAACUCCUGAUUAUAAUUCACACCACUUCAAAGAAUUUUACAAAGCAAAUGUUCCAGUUAUAAUUUGUACGGAUGAUAAAGGCGUCUUCUCGACAUCCUUGUCUCAAGAGUAUAGAAUUUGCGCCGAUGUAUUUGACCUUCAACCAGCACAGUUAGCAAAAUUAGCGCUGAAUGCCGUGGACCACAUAUUCGCCGAGGAGGAACGAAAAGCAAUAAAAGAAAAAAUAUUAAAUUUUAUUAACAAAAAUUCCUUGGAAAAUGUUUGA